GAUCAAAGUACACGUAUAUUUCGAUCGUGGCCACAAAAUUAUACACAACAACAGCAGCAACAACAACGACGACGACGAAAUAAAAAAGAAAACGAAUUCACGUAAAUUCUCUUUCUCUUACAAAAUAUAAUGAUCUUUAGGCUGUAAGACAACGCGCGUAUUCGUGCACAAAAAAGACUUGAAACAUGUAAUAGCGUCGAACAUUCGAUAAAGACAAAAAGCAUAAGUGUUUUUAUUAAGGAUCAAUAAAAAAAGAGGUGAACGAAACGAAGAAGAAGAAGAAAAAAAAUCGACGAAAAAAACGAAUUGAAAUGAAACCAUAAAUAUAAGUGAAUAAAGUACAAACGCACAUUACACGAGUUUCAAUAUCAAUCAAAGCGGUUUAUACAAAUAGAUGUUGUAAAGUGUUGAAAUUGCUCUCUAUCUCGUGUGAUCACAGUGGCAAAAAGAAGCAAAAUCGAAGAAGAAUACAACAAUAAGAAAUAACAUAUACAAUAAACGGAGCAACGACUUUACUAGCGAAUAGCAGCAAUAUCAUCAAAAAAAAAAUAGAAACCAACUGCCAAUUGUGCCAAUUAGAGAAACUACGAAAGAAAAAAUACAGACGAGAUGUAACAAAAUUGUUGGCGAAUUAGUUAUCAUUAAAUGUGUAUCGCGUUUCAAUUUAUAAGCUAAUAAAUUACAUCGACGAUUAAUUGUUCGGAGAAGAGUGCGGCGGCCGAAAAACAAGCCAUUUGCUGCGCAUGAAAAUUCACUUCAAACCAAUUUGGAAGAACAACGAACUGUGAACAACACGAGAGAAGAAAAAAAAACAAGAAAGAGAACAGAGAAAAACAAAUUCGUGAAUGAAAUAAUAAUACGAAUAAUAACCAAAUCCGCUCCAAGUUAAAAGUCGGAACAUGAACUGCACAAUAAAUGAUGCAGUGUGAAAAUCAUAUGUUGGGUGGCGAGACAACAAAAACAAGACGUUUGCAUGCAAUCACUUAAAAUUAUACAUGCCUAAGCACUAACAACUGAAUGAAAGACAGAGUGAAUAGAUGUGGAGACAUCGGUGUACCAUAGUGAUUUUUGUUCAGUGCUGUUUGGUUUACCAUGUAAAUGUGAAUGUGAAUGUGCAUGUGCACACACACCGAUUCAUUUGUUCGACGUCGAUGCAAAAACAUAGAGAGCAAAGAAUGUUUCUAUUAUCAUUUGUGCAAUGUGUCUAUGUAUUUAGGUGCAGAGUUUAAAUGUAAAGACGCAGAAACAAAACAGAAGAAACAAAAAAACAUACCCUCGAAUUACCCUACAAAAUAGAUUUCGUUGAAUGAAUGAAUUGAAUUUGAAUGAACGUUUGAAGAAGUGAAUCCGUUGCACACACACACACACACACACACUCAUACCAAAACGCAACUACAACGCUACUCAGUGCUCACAUACAUAACUCGCUCUUUCGCGCGCGCGAUCAUCGUCAUCAUUGCGAUUCCGCACCAGCGUGGAUUUUUGUUUGCUCUCUCUACGAUAUUUUUCCACAGUCAAAUUUUUAAUUAGACCCCGAAGAAACUUACCAGACGCACGAAGAGCAAAGAAUUAGACGACGAAAACGAAAAAACAGCAGCAGCGGCAGCAGCAACGAAAUAGAUAAAAUAAUUUAAAAGCAACCGAAGUUCAACAAUAACAACAAACAAUAACAUAAUGAGAGAAGAAGAACUAGAGAUAGCAAUUAAGGUUGUCAUUGUGGGCAAUGGAGGCGUUGGAAAGAGCUCAAUGAUCCAACGUUACUGCAAAGGAAUUUAUACAAAGGACUACAAAAAAACCAUAGGCGUUGACUUCUUAGAAAGACAAAUAGAAAUUGAUGGUGAAGACAUUCGUGUUAUGUUAUGGGAUACAGCUGGUCAAGAAGAGUUUGAUGCAAUUACCAAAGCUUAUUACCGUGGUGCUCAGGCAUGUGUUUUGGCGUUUAGCACAACUGAUCGAAUGUCAUUUGAAGCAGUCAAAGAAUGGAAGAUGAAGGUUGAAAAUGAAUGCAGUGAAAUUCCAACCGUGAUUGUUCAGAAUAAAAUCGAUCUAAUGGAUCAAGCCGUCGUUUCACCUGAGGAAGUUGAUCAAUUGGCAAGAAAUUUAGGAUGCCGCCUCAUUCGGACAUCGGUGAAAGAGGAUGUAAAUGUAUCGUCUGUUUUUCGCUACUUAGCAACGAAAUGUCAUCAAAUUAUGAUGCAACAAUACAAUGUAGUGCCAGUUGGACAACCACAAAUUAGUGCGUUUAGUCCGACAUUUACGAAGUCAAAGGGGACAAUAAUUUUGAGACCGUCGAAGAAAGCAUCACGUCGAAAAGCUGUGCUGAAGAAAUGUAGAAUUUUAUAAAUGAAAUGGAAUUGAAUGAUAAAGUAAAAACAAUACUCCUUCAGUCGUGAUAAUUUGACUUGUCAUCUCUCUCUCUCUUCAAUCAAAACUGUUACUACCGAUAAAAA